UCACGUGUCUCUUAUAAAGUGCCUAGGGUUUUCAGGUUUUCAGGUUUGUGCUUCCGCCUCUGCCCAGAGAAAGAGUGAAAACCUUCUUCUCUGUUACCUCCAACAAGUUGCAUCUAAUAUCAUGGCACCAAAGAAGGAUAAGGCUCCUCCACCUUCCUCCAAGCCCGCCAAAUCUGGCGGUGGCAAGCAGAAGAAGAAGAAGUGGAGCAAGGGAAAGCAAAAGGAGAAGGUGAAUAACAUGGUGCUGUUUGACCAGGGCACCUAUGACAAACUCCUCUCAGAAGCGCCCAAAUACAAGCUCAUAACUCCUUCUAUUCUCUCUGAUCGUUUGAGGAUUAAUGGAUCACUUGCAAGGAAGGCUAUAAGAGAACUGAUGGCUAGAGGUUCAAUCAGGAUGGUGUCUGCCCAUGCCAGUCAGCAAAUUUACACCAGGGCAACAAACACCUAAAUGUGGAAUUGUUCCUAGGUCAUGGAGUAUUCUUAGGAAUAGUGAAGUAUGUUCUCUUGAAGUUUAAGACGCAUCUCAUUGUUGCUGAAUCCAGGCUGAGAUUGUAUUUUUGGUUUCCUUCCAUGUUUUGAUCUUUUAAAAAUAUUUUGGCUCUUUUUUUACAUGUUGUGUUUUGUUUACUUGAUUUGUUAAUCUGCCGGAGAUUCUUUUGAAAGCAAAACCAAUUAGAAAAUGUCGUAUAUUUAAUGAUGUGUUUUGGCUGGGUUGGAUUA